GGCUCGAGCGCGAGUGAACAGGAGGGAGAUUUUUAGUCAACGGUACGGUGUUUUCUGUCGUUAAUUUCUCAUGGGCGCGUCUCUCCACCCUGUCUCCGUAGCAGAGCCGUAGAUGAAUGGAUGGAGCAUGUUCUCGAGAAACCCGUAGGACCUGUCGGAGAUGGCCUGAUGUUAUGGCAAUUUGGAAGAAGGACGUUCACAUUGAAGAAGAACGACAUGUUCGAGCCAACGAUCGCGACUACAAUGAGAGGUUCAGUUAUGCUGACAAUCACAUCAAGACAGCAAAGUACAAUGUUUUCACCUUCCUGCCCAUUAACUUGUUCGAACAGUUUCAACGUUUUGCAAACGCCUACUUCCUGGUACUGCUGAUACUGCAGUUAAUCCCAGAAAUCUCCUCUCUUUCGUGGUUCACCACCAUUGUGCCUUUGGUGAUGGUGUUGGCUAUCACAGCUGUCAAAGAUGCUACUGAUGACUAUUUCCGCCAUAAAAGUGAUCAACAAGUCAACACCCGGCAGUCUCAGGUACUCAUCAAAGGAAAACUGGAGAAUGAGAAAUGGAUGAACGUACGAGUGGGUGAUAUCAUCAAACUUGAGAACAAUCAGUUUGUUGCUGCUGACCUUCUCCUCCUCUCUAGCAGUGAGCCCUAUGGACUGUGCUACAUCGAGACUGCAGAGCUUGAUGGAGAGACCAACCUGAAGGUGCGCCAAGCCUUGACUGUGACCUCAGACCUCGGGGACGAUGUUGCGAAGCUUGCAGACUUUAACGGGGAAGUCAUCUGUGAGCCGCCCAACAACAAACUGGACAAGUUCACAGGGACUCUAUACUGGAAAGAUAACAAGUACCCACUGGACAAUGAGAAAAUGCUCCUGAGAGGCUGCGUUCUCCGUAACACCGAGUGGUGUUUCGGCUUGGUUAUCUUCGCAGGACUUCAAACCAAGCUGAUGCAAAACUGUGGGAGGACGAAGUUGAAACGGACCAGCAUUGAUAAACUGAUGAACACCUUAGUUCUGUGGAUCUUUGGAUUUCUCAUCUGUAUGGGGAUCAUAUUAGCUAUUGGAAACACUAUUUGGGAGCAGAAAGUAGGCAGCAACUUUUGGGAGUAUCUUCAGUGGAAGGAACUUACCAUCAAUGCAGUCUUCUCUGGCUUCCUGACCUUCUGGUCCUACGUUAUCAUCCUUAACACUGUCGUACCCAUCUCUCUAUAUGUCAGUGUAGAGGUUUUGCGGCUGGGCCAUAGUUACUUUAUAAACUGGGACAGACGAAUGUACUACAGCCGUAAGGCCACUCCUGCCGAAGCACGGACCACCACCCUCAACGAGGAGCUGGGCCAGGUGGAGUUCAUCUUCUCAGACAAAACAGGCACCCUCACCCAAAACAUCAUGGUGUUUAACAAGUGCUCCAUCAAUGGGAAGACCUACGGUGAUGUUUAUGACGAGUUUGGGCAUAAAGUGGAUAUUACAGACAAAACACCAUGUGUAGAUUUCUCCUUCAAUCCACUGAUGGACAGGAAAUUCCGUUUCCAUGACAGCAGCUUGGUCGAAGCCAUCAAGCUGGAAGAGCCUCUGGUGCAGGAAUUCUUCCGUCUGUUAGCGCUCUGCCACACCGUCAUGCCAGAAGAGAGAAAUGAGGGGGAGCUGGUGUAUCAGGCACAAUCUCCGGAUGAAGGAGCCCUGGUUACUGCUGCACGCAACUUCGGCUUCGUUUUUCGCUCCAGAACUCCAGAAACCAUCACUUUAUAUGAGAUGGGUCACGCGGUCACCUAUCAGCUGCUGGCCAUCUUAGACUUCAACAAUGUACGGAAGAGAAUGAGCGUUAUUGUGAGGAACCCAAAGGGGCAGUUAAAGCUUUACUCAAAAGGAGCCGACACAAUACUCUUCGACAGGCUGGACCCGUCUAAUGAAGAGCUUAUGUUUACUACCUCAGAGCACCUUAAUGAGUUUGCCGGGGAGGGUUUGAGAACAUUAGCGCUGGCGUACAAAGACCUGGAUGAAGAUGUGUUUGACGAAUGGAUGAAGAAACUGCUGUUUGCCAGCACGGCACUGGAGAACAGAGAAGAAAAACUCGGGGCUCUGUAUGAAGAAAUAGAGCAGGGCAUGAUGCUGCUUGGUGCUACAGCCAUAGAGGACAAACUUCAGGAAGGAGUUCCAGAGACUAUCGCCUGUCUGACCUUGGCCAACAUCAAGAUCUGGGUGCUCACCGGGGACAAGCUAGAGACGGCAAUGAACAUCGGCUACUCCUGCAGCAUGCUCCGAGACGACAUGAACGAGGUGUUUAUAAUCUCAGGUCACACCACGCUUGCGGUUCAACAGGAGCUCAGGAUGGCUAAAGAGAGAAUCAUGGGACCUUGCAAAGACAAAUUCAGCAGUGGCCUUGACAUGGAAAAGACAGAACUGUACUCGAGUGACUCUGUCUUUGAAGAGACCAUCAUCGCAGAGUACGCUUUAAUCAUCAACGGACACAGUCUGGCUCAUGCCCUGGAGGCAGACCUGGAGCAGAUCCUGGUGGACUUGGCAUGUCUGUGUAAGACGGUCAUCUGCUGUCGGGUCACUCCACUGCAGAAAGCUCUGGUGGUCGAGCUCAUAAAGAGACACAAGAGAGCCGUCACUCUCGCCAUCGGAGACGGAGCCAAUGACGUCAGUAUGAUCAAGACGGCCCACAUUGGCGUGGGCAUCAGCGGACAGGAGGGGAUGCAGGCGGUGUUGGCCUCUGAUUAUUCCUUCGCUCAGUUUCGCUACCUGCAGCGCCUCCUGCUCGUCCACGGCCGCUGGUCCUACCACCGCAUGUGCAACUUCCUCUGCUACUUCUUCUACAAGAACUUCGCCUUCACACUGGUUCAUUUCUGGUACGGAUUCCUCUGUGGAUUCUCUGCCCAGACGGUAUACGACCAGUGGUUCAUCACACUCUUCAACAUUGUCUACACCUCACUUCCUGUUCUGGCUAUGGGCCUGUUUGAUCAGGAUGUGAACGAGCAGUACAGUUUACGCUUUCCAAACCUGUACAGACCUGGGCAACUGAACCAGCUCUUUAACAAGAGGAAGUUCUUCACCUGUACUCUGCAGGGGGUCUGUACCUCAUUUAUCCUCUUCUUCGUCCCAUAUGGAGCCUUCUUGACCGCUGUCCGGGAUGACGGCGCCCUCAUCUCUGAUCAACAGGCUUUCGCGGUAACCAUAGCAACCUCUUUGGUCAUUGUGGUCAGUGUCCAGAUUGGGCUUGACACCAACUACUGGACCGCAGUUAACCACUUCUUUAUCUGGGGAAGUCUAGCCGUUUACUUUGCGAUCCUUUUCGCAAUGCACAGCGACGGCAUUUUUACCAUAUUCCCAAACCAGUUUCCUUUCAUAGGUACUGCACGUAACUCUCUGAAUCAGAAGAUUGUGUGGCUGGUCAUCCUCCUCACCACAGUCGUGUGUAUAAUGCCCAUGGUGGCUGUCCGGUUCAUCAAGGCUGAUCUCUAUCCAACACACACUGACAAGGUGCGUUUACUUCAGCAGGCCUCUAGGAGGCAGGGUCCUCAAGAACAGAACCUCAGGAGAGUCCGCAGGACGAGUUCUCGACGUUCGGCGUACGCUUUCGCCCACCAGCAGGGAUACGGAGAACUCAUCACCUCCGGCAAGAACAUGAAGGUACCCACAUCCUCCACUUCCACAUACCCACUGUCCUCGCCCACAAGAGGCACCAGCUUGGUGAAAAACAGCGGAGUGAGCGGCACAACCGAUGCGGCAGAGACCGGCAGCACUGGAUUUAGGAGGGAAAGUGACCAAAACCAAGAGGUAACGGUGGAAGACUUGGAGGAGAGAUAAAGGAGCUUUUAUCUUCCUUUACACAAGGAAGAGGAAUUAGCGCCUGUCUUCAAUGUGAGAAAAUGAUAAUGGAUUGUGAGCAAACACACUCUAGGCACGACUAGACUAUGGGAGGGCUAGACAUGCACAGGAGACUACAAAGAGCUAGCACAGUGAAGCACAGAUUACACUCAAAGUUUUCUCAAAGGCAUCCGUUUAAAUUUGAAAAUGAACCUGAGAUUCGUUUAAAUUUCAAUUUGUAUUUUCACCUCUUCUGGCACAAAUCCAAGUUCAAUGUUUUUGUAUUUCGAGUUUUAGGAACCUGCUUUUAUGCUUUUGCAUGGAAGCUUGUUUCUGCCACAGGAUAUAAGAAUAAAAAGGUAAUUGUGACUUUUUAUGUCACAAUUCAGACUUUUUCUUUGUCAUUUUGAAUUAAUUAAUCUCACAUAUAUCUCGCAAUUGUAAGAAAAAAAUCUCAAUUGAUACAAAAGUAAGAAAAGAUAAGAAAAGUCGGAUUUGUGAGGUUAUUUCGCAAUUGCAAGAAAAAAUUAUAAAUUGAGAUUAAGCCGCAGUUACUUUUUUUAUAUUUAAUUCCGACAAAAAAAAAAUCGGAGUAGCAAAAUGUAAAUCUAGAAUUCUGAGAAUUUUUUUCCUCGCAAUUCUGCAUUUAUAUCUUGCAAUUUUAACUUUUUUGUAGAUCUUGAAAUUCUGCAUUUUUCUCAGAAUUCUGAGCUUACAUCCCACAAUUCUGUUUUUUUUCCCGCAAUUGUGAGAAAAAAAAAGUCAGAAUUGCAAGAUGUUAUGAUUUUAGUCAGAAAUGUGAUAUAUUGUCUUGCAAUUACAUUGCAAUUACACUACAAAUUGUGAGAUAAAGCAGCAGUUAGUUUUUUAUAUUUAGUUCAAUGACACAAACAAAAAAAAGAAUUGCACAAUGUAAACUUAGAAUUCUGAGAAAAAGUCAGAAUUGUGAGAUACUGUAUAAACUCAAAGUUUCAAGAAGAAAAAAAAAACAAUAUUUUUCAUCAUCCCCCAGGAAAAGAAAUCUGAAUUUAGAAUUGUUAGAGAAAGUUGCAUAUAUAUAUAUGUUUAUUUAUUUAUUUUUUAAUUCCGCUGCAGAAAUUGCCUUCGAUAUGCGAAUGAUUCAGGCAUUGAACCAAUAAAUUCAACUUGAGUUUACGUUCAACACAUGACAUCAUUCUAACAAUACUAAUAAAGCAUAAGGGAGUAAACAUGUACACGUAUGUGAAAUAAUACCUCUUAUGUUGUUAUAAACACUGAUGCAGCCAGUGGUUUAGGAUUAUAAAUGCAUUGCAUAUUAAAUAUGGAUUUGUUUAAAGACCUGGAAGUUGCAUCACAGAUACCUAUUCUCAGUUUACUAAAAUGCACCCAAAUGCAUCAACCAAAUGCAUCCUGGAGGAGUAGUAACACUUAGACAUGGGGGUAAGUGAAUAAUAACAACAUUUUUGGGUGGAGUAACCCUUUAAAUUGGUUUUAAAAGGUUUUAAAAUGCCAGAUUUUAUUUUAAAUAUACCUUUUUUAAAAUAGAAAAACAUUAAACAAAGUGUAAAAACAUUCCACCCUUGCCAAUGAUUCAAACCGUAGUUAGUGCUUCUGCAUGCAGCGCAGCGAACUGAGAAUAUUGAGUUUUUACGCAGUAAAAGUCGUGCCUUCCAUCAAGCGAAAGACUGAAGCAUUCACACGUUUAUACUUCUAGAAUUCCACAUGCAUCCAAUACAAAGGUCUAUAAAGUGGGCAUUUUAUUUACUGUAACAGAAGGAAUUUUUGUGCCUUUUUGUUUUCCUUUCAUUAAAGGAAGUACUUUCAGUUGUCGAGUUGAAUGUGUUGCCAUUGUUUUUUUUCUUUGAUUCAGGCUGUUCAUUGCCCUCAUUGACUACAUUAAUGUAGAUCAUAUUUUUUCUAUAAUUUAUUUGACGAAGGGGGUCGUGCAACAUUACCUGUUUAUGAAUGUACAGCUGACAUGUUAAUUUAAUGUGAUGUUAAAUAUAUUUAUGACGAAUGUAUAAGAUUUUCUGCUGUGCUACUUUGUCAACAAAGACCAUGCAGAUUCUUUAUCGUUUUUAUUUAAAUGCAUGGAUUUUUAUACAAGUCAUUGUAAUUUUUAUAUGAUAUGCAUUAAAUGGCCAUUGUUGAGUUUAUUUAAAAAGGAAUGUUUGCGUUCAUGUUUCAAAUGUUUUACUCUCUUCAGAUUCUUGAAAUGAGUGGAUUUAGUCAACGGAAAUUCACCAAACAAUGAUCAUUUCUCUAAUGCCUUGACAACCUUAAAUUGUCUAUAUAAAGAUCAGAGUGCUUUCUUCAUUCUUUUAAGACACACAGA